CAUGCUCGGCGCGGCCGCCAUUUUGGACGGGCCGCCGGAGUUUCUCCCGCGGUGGCGGCGGUGGUGACGGUUGGCGGCGGAGCUCGGCCCGGCUCGGCGGCGGCGGGAGCGACCUGGGUUUCGGCGGGUCCCGCUGCCGAGAUGGCCAACAUCGCGGUGCAGCGGAUCAAGCGGGAGUUCAAAGAAGUGCUGAAGAGCGAGGAGACGAACAAAAAUCAAAUUAAAGUAGAUCUUGUAGAUGAAAAUUUUACAGAAUUAAGAGGAGAAAUAGCAGGACCUCCGGACACACCGUAUGAAGGAGGAAGAUAUCAAUUAGAAAUAAAAAUUCCAGAAACGUAUCCUUUUAAUCCCCCUAAGGUGCGGUUUAUUACCAAAAUCUGGCAUCCUAAUAUUAGCUCAGUCACUGGAGCUAUCUGUUUGGAUAUCCUAAAAGAUCAGUGGGCUGCAGCGAUGACUUUAAGAACAGUGUUGUUAUCCUUGCAAGCCCUUCUGGCAGCUGCGGAACCCGAUGACCCUCAAGAUGCAGUCGUGGCAAAUCAGUACAAACAGAAUUCAGAAAUGUUUAAACAGACAGCUCGGCUUUGGGCGCACGUUUACGCUGGAGCACCCGUUUCUAGUCCGGAAUAUACCAAGAAGAUAGAAAAUCUUUGUGCUAUGGGAUUUGAUAGGAAUGCGGUAAUAGUGGCCUUGUCAUCAAAAUCAUGGGAUGUAGAGAGAGCGACAGAACUCCUUCUGAGUAACUGAGCCCUGUGCGGCAACUGCUUCAGCGUAGCCCAACUUGCCUGUUCUGGAGGAACGUCACCACCUCUCUCUUCUUUUUAGGUUUCAAUAUAGAUUCUCUUUUAAAAAAAAAAAAAAAACUGACAUUCUCGCCUGAUGCUAUCUAGGCCCUAUUGGAGACUGAAAAAAACAAAAACAAAACAAAACUGCUCUGUAAAUAAAGCUAAUUAAACAUCUGUGUAAAUUUUAAACAAAAAAAAAAACCCAAGGGGGAAAUACUUUAAUUUUUUUUUUGUUUUAGUUUUUUCCUUACUAAAUAUUGUAAAUUCCUGGAGCUUGGCUAAAAAUCGGAAACCAACUUGGUGGGGACGGAACCUGUUCUGCCGUAGCGUUAGCGGCGCGACCGAGUCCGAUGUCAGGAAUUUGCGCCAGGAUUUUUUUUUGACUUUUAUUCAGAACCCAUCAGGUUGUGUCUGUAAUCAUCAAGCGUUGUUGAUGUCACCCAUCCCGGCUCCCUUACCGUGUUUUGUUUUUUUUUAAUGGAUCCUACAUGCCUGUGGACUGACCUUAUAUUUGCAUGCUUGUACUUUACAUAGACACUUUAAGCAAUUAUUGGGGGGUGAAGUGAACAAAACACCACUCGGAGUACUUGAGUACUCAUCCUUGUAACUUUUUUUUGCCUAAAGAUUUUCCAGGUGGGUCUCGGAAACUCAAAAUACGGGGGGCUGACUCUGAUAUUUGCGCCACCGUCGGGGUUAACAACCCCGAACACUCUCCUCCUUCCCAGCCUCCCCUUCAGCUGCACACACAGUGGCAAUAAUCACACACUAUGACCUCUCCAGAAUUUGUGGGGUUAUCGGUGCCAUCUAGCCUAGUUUUCCCACUUCACGUGGUUCUCCUUUUGAAUAAUACCCCGUACGAGUGUUUCCAGCGUUGUAAUUUCUACACAAUUGUAUAAAGGUUUGGGAUCUUUGGACAUAGCACAAACCAGUGGAGCUGCUGUUUUAUUUCUUCCGCAGGAAUCAAACCUCUUUCAAUAAAUUCUGGCUAGAAUGAAUUUA